CUCUCUCUCCAAAAAAAGAGAGGAAAUGAUCCCCAACAAUGGCGACGGCGGCGUGCGGCGGCUCCGUCGGUAGUUGCUGACGUGCUAUCAGACACCCGGCCGUCGCCGACACGGCACUUAGCUAUCGGUCUCUGGCAUUCCCCUAAACACCUCCCAUGGCGUACCCUCCGGCCCCGCAGUCCCCCGCCGCGCUCAUCGCGCAUCUCGCCGCCGUGCUCUCCUCGCCGGACUGGCGCUUCCACCCCUCGCUCCCGCACCUCCCGGCCCUCCUCGCGCCGUCCCUGCCCCGCACGCUCGUCGUCCCGCUCCCACUCCGCCUCGCGGCCGCCGUCGCCCGCGCCGCCGCGCCGUCCCGCCACCUCCUCGACAUCUCCCUCCCCGUCGUGCUCCGCCUCCACGCGCUCUCCCCGCCGCCGCUCCGCCCGCUCUUCGACCGCCCCUUCCGCUCCCUCCUCGCCCACUUCUCCCGCUUCGCGCUGACGCCGCUCAUGCUCCGCCUCUUCGCGCACAUGCACCGCCACGCCCCGCCUGCGCCGACGGGCGCCACCUACAAUGCACUCAUCCGGGCCCUCUGCCGCCGCGCCGACCUCCGCCGGGCCCAACGGUACCUCAGCCUCAUGGUCCGCUCUGGCUGGCGCCCCGACGCGUUCACGUUCAACUCCCUGAUCGUGGGGUACUGCCGCACACAGCAGGUUGAAGUGGCCCAAGACCUGUUCAACAAAAUGCCGCUUAGAGGGUUCCGGCAAGAUAUGGUCUCUUAUGCUGCACUGAUUGAAGGACUAUGUGAGACAGGGAGGAUUGAUCAGGCACUGGAGUUGUUCAGGGAGAUGGAGCAGCCAGACAUGCACACAUAUGUGGCCUUGGUGAAGGGGCUUUGUGAUGCCGGAAGGGGGGAGGAGGGGCUCUGUAUACUGCAGAAGAUCAAGGAGCUGGGAUGGAGGCCAAACACUCGUGCUUAUACAGCACUGGUCGAUUUAUGGUGUAGGGAGAGGAAGGUUGACGAGGCUGAGAAAAUGCUGGAGGAGAUGUUUGACAAAGGAUUGGCUCCUUCUGUUGUAACGUGCACUGCUGUUGUGAAUGCCUACUGCAGGGAGGGGAGGAUGAGUCGUGCGGUGAGGGUGUUUGAAUCCAUGAAGUUGAAAGGGUGCGAGCCAAACGUGUGGACAUACAAUGCAUUAGUGCAAGGUUUCUGUAAUGGGAGGAAAGUGUACAAAGCAAUGGCUUUGUUGGACAAAAUGAGAGCAUGCGGAGUAGAGCCAGAUGUUGUGACUUACAAUUUGUUGAUUCGAGGCCAAUGCAUUGAUGGGCAUAUAGAGAGUGCUUUCAGAUUACUCCGUUUGAUGGAGGGAGAUGGUUUAUCUGCUGAUAAGUACACUUGCAAUGCAUUGAUUGCUGCUCUUUGUAAAGAUGGUAAAACCAAUGAAGCUUGCUCUCUUUUUGAUGGCCUGGAGGGUAGAGGCAUAAGACCUAAUUCUGUGACGUUCAAUACACUGAUAGAUGGGUUAUGCAAGGCUGGUAAAGUCGAUGUUGCACAAACAUUUUUGGAAAAGAUGAUCUCAGCUGGUUGUGCACCAGAUACCUAUACAUACAGUCCAUUCAUUGAAAAUCUAUGCAAGACCAAGGGAUGGCAAGAAGGAUUAUAUUUUAUAGAUGAGAUGCUACAAAAGGAUUUGAAGCCAUCGACUGUCAACUAUACAAUUGUAAUUGACAAGCUUUUCAAGGAGAGAAACUAUGGAUUAGCCACAAGAAUGUGGGAGCAAAUGGUAUCACUGGGGUGCAGUCCUGAUGUAGUCACUUAUACUACGUCUGUGCGUGCAUAUUGCAAUGAAGGCAGGCUUGAUGAAGCAGAAAAUGUUGUGAUGGAAAUGAACAAAAGUGGGGUCACUAUUGAUGCAAUGGCAUAUAACACUUUGAUGGAUGGGUAUGCAAGUAUUGGGCAGACGGAUCAUGCAGUCACAAUCUUGAACCACAUGAAAAGUGUGGCUUCUAUGCCAAACCAUUUUACCUUUCUGAUCUUGCUUAGACAUCUUUUACAGAUGAGGCUGGCUGAGCAUGUGCCUUUGAAAGCAACUCGUGUUUGGAAGACCAUAGAGCUUGCUGAUGUCUUUGAAUUGUUUGGGCGAAUGAAGAAGAAUGGUGUUCCUUCUAGUGCAAGAGCUUAUUUGGCCAUCCUGGAAGGGUUUUCUGAAGAUAGAAGAUUGGACGAGGUGACCUCGUUAGUUUCUCGUAUGAAAGAAGAUAAUCUACCUCUGAAUGAAGAUAUAUACACUGCUCUUGUUAAUUGCUUUUGCAAAUUGAGGAUGUAUCCUGAUGCUUGGGCGUUGCUUUGUUCCAUGAUUGGACAUGGUUUUUUACCAAAUCUGUUGUCUUACCAGAAUCUGCUUUCUGGGCUUACUGCUGAAGGACAAGCCGAUAGGGCUAAAGAAAUAUUCAGAGAUUCCAGAUGGAAAGACUACAAUCCUGAUGAAAUUGUUUGGAAAGUUAUAAUUGAUGGCUUGAUAAGAAAGGGUCACUCAGAUAUGUGCCAUGACAUGAUAUCCAUAUUAGAACAGAUGAACUGCAAACCACGUGAUGAAACGUAUGCAAUGCUGACUGAGGAAUUGUCUACCAGGGAAUAGGUUGUCAACUAACACAUUCAUAGCUCACAGCAAAGUCUCUGUCAGUCAUGCCUAUGCAAACUGUUCAUCAACUGGUGCUUAUUCAAUCACAUGCUGUGUAUGAGGCUAUGCACGCCAGAAUUGCAUAGAUCAUGGAUCAUUGAACACACAGUCACACACUGCGUUCAUGCCCUCAGAUAGAAGUGUGCAUCGUCGAAGUUCUGUAAAGUGGUGCUCCUUAGUGGCCUGAGAAGCUGGAGACAUGGCACAUCAGACUGCUGAUGCAUGGAUGCCGACAGCUUUCAGGAGAGUCGGCAUAUGCUGGAGCCAAAAGCCCAUACCACGUUUUCAGUUUCUUAAGAAACCCUUCUAUGAUAAGGGGAAAAAAGGAUUAGCCAAGGAUCACCUUGCCAUAAUCAACCCAUUUUUGUGGGUUUGAUUUAUAGGUGGCAGGUAUUUUUAUCUGUGCAGCAUAGAGCAGGUCCAAGAGACCAAGAAACACACACAUUGUGGAUGAUCGUGCACAUUGCAUGUCCUCGGAAAAGAGAAACUGUAGCUGCACUUUUUUUUUACCACGGCUCUCAGUUUGUGUAAAGCAACUGCGUGCAAAUAUCUGACAGGAGAGCCAACCUCGGCAUGUACAUUUUUUUGGGGU